CAAAUUUUGAACUUAACCUAUUAUUUUAACAGAAGUGACACAACAAUGUGUCAACUACAGUCUAAAAAUCCCAAAUUACUGAAUUAGGUUCUCAAUGAAAACCGUAACUAUCGAAAUUUCGGAAUUAAUCAGUUUGCAUGAUUUGUAAUAAAUGAAGAAGUGACAAUCGCCAAAAUGAUACUUGGACGCCGGAAAUUAAUAGUUAAGGCAACAAUAUGUGGAAUUUAUGUUAUCGCUCUUUUGUUGAUUGCGAAACGAAUGAUGAGAAUAUCAGAUGAUUUUUCACCAAACAAUCAGUCAACUUCUCAUCCACAGUUGAAGUCAAAUUCAUUGAGGUACGGAAAUUUCGAAAGAUACUCUCCCUGGCUCCAGGAAUACGAGGCCCAGAUAAUUCCAGGCCUCGGUGACAGAGGACGUCCAGCGACUCUCUAUGGCAAGGAGAAGCUCCAGGCCCAGAGGGUUCUCGAGAAGAAGGCCUUGAACGUUCUCCUGUCAGACAGAAUCUCUCUAUCGCGUACUCUCCCAGACAUCAGGGAUCCCGCCUGCAGGAAUCUGACCUUUGACACGGGGAAACUCCCCACAGCCUCCGUCAUAAUAAUUUUCUACAACGAGCCCUUGAGUGUUCUCUUAAGGACCAUCACAAGUGUCUUGAACAAUUCCCCAAAGGAGCUUCUCCAGGAGAUCGUUCUGGUGGACGACGCAUCCGACGAGGACGAGCUCCAGGGGAAGCUGGAGUACUACAUCACGACAAGGUUCAACGAGGAGAAAGUGAAGUUGAUCCGACUGCCGGAGAGACGAGGCCUUAUCAGAGCGAGACUCAGUGGGGCCAGGUCAGCCUCUGGAGAGGCGCUUGUGUUUCUCGACGCCCACUGCGAGGUCAUUGUUGAGUGGCUGGAGCCACUCCUGAAAAGACUCGAGGAGAAGAGCGAUGCUGUCGUGAUGCCAAUCAUCGACAACAUCUCCGAGGAGACCCUCGAGUACUUUCAUGAUAACGAUCCUGGCUUCUUCCAAGUUGGGGGAUUCACCUGGUCAGGGCACUUCACCUGGAUCAAUAUUCAGGAGAAGGAGAUGGUAGGAAGAACGUCUAAGAUUGCUCCGGUGAGAUCCCCCACAAUGGCGGGGGGUCUGUUCGCCAUCAACCGCGCCUACUUCUGGAGAAUAGGAAGUUACGACGAAAAAAUGGACGGUUGGGGUGGGGAAAAUCUGGAAAUGUCCUUCCGGAUCUGGCAGUGUGGAGGGUCUCUAGAGACCAUCCCGUGCUCCAGGGUGGGGCACAUCUUUAGGAAUUUUCAUCCCUACAAGUUUCCUAACGACAAGGACACUCAUGGCAUCAACACAGCCAGACUCGUCUACGUCUGGAUGGACGAGUACAAGAGGCUUUUCCUACUGCACAGGGACGAGUUCAAGGACGACGUUGAAAGGAAGAUCGGGGACAUCAGUGACAGGGUGAGGCUGAGGGAGAGACUUGGCUGCAAGAGCUUUCGGUGGUAUCUCGAGAACAUUUAUCCCGAGAAGUUCGUGCCCGAUGAAAAUGUCAUUGCUUAUGGCAGAGUCAGGAUGAAGGGGAGGAAUAUUUGUUUGGAUAAUCUCCAGAGGGACGAGGACAAGCCCUACGACCUGGGGGCCUAUGGCUGCCACUCUAAGCUCUUCCCUAGUCAGCUAUUCUCCCUCAGCAAUGCUGGAGAACUUCGUCGGGAUGAGAUAUGCGCAGUAGUUAACCUCGAGGACGUGAUAUCACGACGAGCAAAAGUCAAGAUGGUGGAGUGUCACGACAGGGGUGACGAGAAGGAAUGGAUUCUCACUGACAAGGGCAGCCUUGUCCACGCAUCCACUGGCCUCUGCCUAGAUGGGACAGGGGUUCGACCUGACAGCGAUGUCUUCGUCGCCCCCUGUUCCAACGUUCUCGGACAGUUCUGGCAGUUUGAUUUUUACGGUGAUGAUAUCACCCCCAGAUGAUGAACUCCCACUCAGCAAACGUUUUAUCAACUCUUGUUGACAGUUGAGAAAAUUCUUUUAUAAAAUUAGCUUUUAUAAAUGCACUUCGAGAUGUUCAACUGUGCGAUUUAUAUUCCGAAACCAGUGAAGAAUGUACUUAAUUAUUAUCGUACUGUUUGGAAUUAUUUCCAAUUUUUGAAUUUUAUAGAUGAAAGUAAUUUAUUUUCAAGUGAAAAAUACUUGAAAAAAUCAAUGAACGUCAAUUAACUAUAGAAAUUACAGAUCACAUUAUUUUUAUAAUUUUAUAAAUGAAUAUCAAGUGGUUGAAAAUAUUUAAUAGGCAAAAAUUAAAAUUUUUCAAUAAGUCAACAUUUAUGAGCUCAAAAAACCGAACAAAUUCAAUCAAA